AUGCGGGUAACGGGGGCGGCGCGGACGGCCGCGCUGGCGCUGCUGCUCGGGGCGCUUCAUGGGGUGCCGGCGCGCGGCCAGGAGUAUGACUACUACGGUUGGCAGGCCGAGCCGCUGCACGGCCGCUCCUACUCCAAGCCCCCGCAGUGCCUCGACAUCCCCGCCGACCUGCCGCUCUGCCACACGGUGGGCUACAAGCGCAUGCGGCUGCCCAACCUGCUGGAGCACGAGAGCCUGGCGGAGGUGAAGCAGCAGGCAAGCAGCUGGCUGCCGCUGCUGGCCAAGCGCUGCCACUCAGACACCCAAGUCUUCCUCUGCUCGCUCUUCGCGCCCGUCUGCUUGGAUCGGCCCAUCUACCCGUGCCGCUCGCUGUGCGAGGCCGUGCGCGCGGGGUGCGCGCCGCUCAUGGAGGCCUACGGCUUCCCCUGGCCCGAGAUGCUCCACUGCCACAAGUUUCCCCUGGACAACGACCUCUGCAUCGCGGUGCAGUUUGGGCACCUGCCUGCCACCCCGCCUCCAGUGACCAAGAUCUGUGCCCAGUGCGAGAUAGAGCACAGCGCUGACGGCCUCAUGGAGCAGAUGUGCUCUAGCGACUUUGUGGUCAAGAUGCGCUUUAAGGGGCCUGCCUUGAGCAGAGGGCAAAGGGUGGACUGAAAAGUGUCACAUUGGCUUAGGAUAGUGGGAGCCCAGAAGAAGAAGAAGCUGCUCAAGGCAGGCCCCUUAAAGCGCAAGGACACCAAGAAGCUGGUCCUGCACAUGAAGAACGGAGCAAGCUGCCCCUGCCCACAGCUAGACAACCUGACAGGCAGCUUCCUGGUCAUGGGCCGCAAAGUGGAGGGACAGCUGCUGCUCAUGGCCGUCUACCGCUGGGACAAGAAGAAUAAGGAAAUGAAGUUCGCGGUCAAAUUCAUGUUCUCUUAUCCCUGUUCCCUCUACUACCCUUUUUUCUAUGGAGCAGCUGAACCCCACUGAAGGACCCUCCCCUUGCCUCAGCCAGCCAGCUGUGCCUUGCCUUGCCCUCUGUCCCUGCCCACCUGGCCUCACCCCCAUUCCCAGGCUGACCCAGGCCUGUCAAGGAUGGCUUCAUGCAGCUACUACUGGCACAGGCUCCAAAGGUUAGGCAUGGGGCUACCCUCCUUGACUGAAGGGUUCUGGAAUCCUGGGGUCUGUCAGGGAGGGAGGGGGCUCUCUCAGGAGAAGGACAUUCUCUUCUGGAGAAAGCCCUAGUGUCUGAGAAAGCAGGCAGAGGAGAAGAAUGUGAAGGAAGGCUGCAGGGCCUCCCGCAGCCUGGGGAGAGACUUUCCAGAAAGAAUAGUGGGUCUCACCAUUAAGAGGGACCAGUGCUUAAAGGACAGCCUUCCUCCCCUACUGGCUCUUUAUGUGUUGUCAAAGACCUCCAAAGAGCAAGAGUCAAGGCCUCCAUGUCCUCCAGCCGCACCCACUCUUCAUCUGGAGCCCCGCUCCACUGGAGUGCAGGCUCAGCGGCUUCUGCAGACACUCUCAUACAGGCUUGCUUCCUGGCUCUCGCUCAGCCUCCCUCACCCUGGGUCCCAGCGAUGAUAAAUUAUUGCUACCGCUGUGAGGCUGCUGGUUCUAGAC